GUUUCCAACAAGCUCGAUAUAGUGACAGCAGCGACAAUGACGGUUAAUACACCAACGGCAUACCGCAUGCUCUCGGACUUCGUGACAAUGAUGCCAGGUGACACGUUCAUUCAGAAUGGCGCCAACAGUGGUGUCGGACAGGCAGCCAUCCAGAUUGGCAAGAGUAUGGGCCUCAAUUCCAUCAACAUUGUUCGCGACCGACCCAACCUACAAGAGCUGAAGGAUAAUCUGAAGUCUCUAGGAGCUGACUAUGUGGUUACUGAAGAGGAGCUGAGGACUCAGGUGAUGAAGGACAUUUUUGCUGUUGUGCCACCGCCGAAGCUUGCUCUCAACUGCAUCGGGGGUAAAAACGCCACCGACAUGAUGCGACACCUCAUGAAGGGUGCCACCAUGGUCACCUAUGGUGGGAUGUCACGGCAACCUGUCAUAGUGUCAACGGCCUCUUUGAUCUUCCAAGACAUUAAAGUAGUUGGCUUUUGGAGAACACUGUGGGCCAAGGAGCACGGUAACACCAAACUUGACGAUGAAAUGUACGACUACUUGACCAAGGUUUCUAUGGAAGGAAAGCUGCAGCCUCCUGCGCAUAACUUGGUUCCAUUCGAAAAUUACCAAGAUGCUGUGAGAAUGUCCAUGGAGUCAUUUGCGGGAGCCAAGCAAGUCUUGGUUAUGGAUAAAAGGUUUGCAUAAGGUUUAAGUGGAGUAUGA